AGGAGGAGAAAGAGAGCUCACGCAGUAACACCUCAUACUGUAGCCUCUGGUAGGGAUAGUCAAAUUAAGAAUAAUAUUGGAUGACCAGCUUUCAAAUAUAUCUUAUUUAUUUUGGAUCUCUUUAUUUUCCAGAUGCUAUUAGAGGUGGGGGAAAAAACCCAAAAUUAAUGAAAAGAUUAGCAUUAUUGUUACUGGUAUCAGACAUUAUCUUUGGCUUUUCGUGGUAUAAGAUUGGAAGGUAAACACUGGUAAUUACCUGUUAAGACUUCCUCCUCUGAUUAAAUUAGUGACACUUAUAGUCAUGGAUAGUGAAUGGACUCUGGUUGCAGUGGCCCUGCUUUGUGGUAUUUUUUGCUGGUGCUUUUUCCAGCUGAAGUGGAGUAGACAAAAAGAGAAUCUGGAGAGGAAAUUACAGACAGCGAGAAAAAGGAGAGAAGCGUGCCUCAAGCAGGCAGAGGAAGCCGUGGGCCGUUUUAAGGCAGAGCAUCCUGGUCUUGAUUUGAGUCCCAUAAUGGAUCUUCCUUUACCUGAACUCAGCCAGCAAAUAAGAGAUGGCUCUCUGCAGUCAGAUGUUGUGCUCCAUGCUUACAUAGAAAAGGCUCUGGAGGUGAACAGUAAAUUAAACUGUGGCACUGCCUUUCUCACGGAAAGUCUGAAACAGCUAGAGGACAUUGAGACCCACAAAGACGGCCUUCUCUACGGGAUUCCCAUCAGCAUUAAAGAGAAUAUUGAUUAUAAAGGCUAUGACUCUACGUGCGGAGUGUCUGGUAUGGUGAACAGUCCUGCAGCUCAGGACAGUGUGGUGGUCAAAGUGCUGAAGAGACAAGGUGCAAUUCCCUUCAUCAAAACAAACGUUCCGCAGGCCCUUUACAAUUAUGAAUGUAGUAACCCCAUCUACGGGACAACGGUAAACCCCCAUAACCUUCAGAAGACAUGUGGUGGCUCUACAGGAGGAGAAGCUGCUCUGAUUGGAGGAGGCGGAUCAAUUUUGGGUUUGGGAAGCGACAUUGGUGGAAGUCUUCGCAUCCCAGCAGCCUUCUGUGGCGUUUGUGCUUUGAAGCCUACAGCCAAUAGGAUAAGUUUGCUUGGAAUGAACAGUUGUGUUAAAGGCAUGAAGUCAGUACUCUCCUCCGUUGGUCCCAUGGCACGGGAUGUGAACAGCCUUGCACUGUGUAUGAGAGCUUUACUCAACAAAGAUAUGUUCACUCUGGACCCUACAAUUCCCCCAUUACCUUUCAAACAGGAGGUAUACGAGAGCUCUGAGCGUCUGAGGAUUGGUUAUUAUGACAAUGACGGAUACAUGCAGCCAUCUCCAGGCAUGAGCAGAGCUCUACAAGAAGCAAGGGCAUUUCUGGAACAAGCAGGCCAUAAGCUGGUCCCCUUUAAGCCCCCCCGCGUACAAACUGCUAUCCAUGAGUACUUCCUGAAGAUUUUGCUUGCUGAUGGAUGUGCCAUCAUUAAUAGCCACCUGAAGGAGGGCUCCAUUAACCUAUGUAUGCAGAUUGGGAGGCCUUAUGGUCUUCCUCGCUUUCUUAAAAAGAUGAUGUCUCUAGUCCUAAACGUCACUCACCCACAUAUUGCAUCAGUUCUUGACUGCACUUGUGGACUCAGCUCUGUUGCAGACCUAUGGAAACAACAGAAUGUUGCUGAGAAUUAUAUCCAUGAAUUCAUCGAGGAAUGGGAGAAAUUACAGCUGGAUGUGGUGAUCUGUCCCAUUCUGGGGCCAGCCAUAGACUUCACCUACUCCGGAUUGACAAGUAUCACAAGUGGUAUGAGUUACGCAGCAUUGUACAACCUGCUCAACUUCCCUGCGGGAGUUGUUCCUAUCACUACAGUCACAGCAGAGGAUGAAGAUCAGCUCAGACACUACAAGGGGACCUUCGGAGGCUACGCAGAUAAGCUCUUCAUCAAGAUGUUGCAGGACGCUGUGGGUCUGCCGCUAGCAGUGCAGUGUGUGUCCCUGCCAUGGCAGGAUGAAUUGUGCCUGCGUUUGAUGAGAGAACUGGAGACUCUCUGUGCCAAGAACCAACAGUCUAACACACGACAGUAAACAUCCUCACAAGAGAGUUCCGCCUUUGGGACUGUAAAUGCAGUGUCUUUGGCCCAAGUUUAAUUUACUUUGGUUGCUUCUUCAUUUUUAAAUGCAAAAUUUUUUCAAUACAGAUUUAUUGUUACUCUUGAGGGCCAUUGAUACUUAUUUGCAAUUCAGUUUGAGCUAGAUGGUCUUAAUGCAUAGUUUAUUUAAUAUAUAUACACAGAUCAGCCAUAACAUUAUGAGCAGUGAGAGGUGAAGUGAGUAACACUGAUUAUCUCCUCAUCAUGGCACCUGUUAGUGGGUGGGAUAUAUUAGGCAGCAAGUGAACAUUUUGUCCUCAAAGUUGAUGUGUUAGAAGCAGGAAAAAUGUGCAAGCGUAAGGAUUU